UCCAGAAUUAUUUGCUGUGUUUAACUUGACUUUGGCGCUGUGGCUGCAAGGGAGGGAGCUGUAGCUAUUUAAAGAGGGUCAUCUUGUCCCGGAUAAAUAACAGAGGGUCCACUGCGUUGACUAAGCGCCUCUAAAUGGUCUUCAUCCUGCACCGUGCGUCUGUCUGUGGCUACUUAUUGUGUUUUAGUCCAGACUGACGCUGCUUCACUGCUGUGACAACCCUGCGUCAACCACACUCACACCAGCAUCAGCUCUUCUCUGAGGGCUUCGUCCGGUUUGUUAUUUUUCUGGGAUACGUGAAAAAUGGGUAAAGAUUACUACAAAACGUUGGGUAUCUCUAAAGGAGCCACAGACGAGGAUAUAAAGAAAGCUUACAGAAAACAAGCGCUGAAAUGGCACCCGGACAAAAACAAGUCUGCAGUCGCCGAGGAGAAAUUUAAGGAAAUCGCUGAGGCAUACGAAGUCCUCAGCGAUCCGAAGAAAAGGGAAAUUUAUGACCAGUAUGGAGAGGAAGGUCUCAAGGGAGGAAGUGGACCCACCAGUGACGGACAGGGCAGCACUUUCACCUACACCUUCCAUGGGGAUCCUCACGCCACCUUCGCCACUUUCUUCGGUGGUUCAAACCCCUUCGAGAUGUUCUUUGGGCGUAAAGCCAACGGGCGAGACGAUGAGGACAUGGAGGUGGACGGAAACGACCCUUUCGGCUCCUUCACCAGCUUCAACCUGAACGGCUUCCCUCGGGACGGCCACAUCGGCCUGGGAGGGCAGCAGCGCCGGAAGCAGGACCCGGCUAUCAUCCACGAACUGAGGGUCUCCCUGGAGGAGGUCUUCCACGGCUGCACCAAGAGGAUGAAAAUCUCUCGCAAAAGGCUAAAUCCAGAUGGCAGGACCAUGCGCAACGAGGAUAAGAUUCUCACUAUCGAGAUCAAGCGGGGCUGGAAAGAGGGAACCAAGAUCACGUUCCCACGGGAGGGAGACGAGUCGCCAAACACCAUUCCUGCUGACAUUGUUUUCGUCAUCAAGGACAAGCCACACCCUCACUUCAGGAGGGAAGGCUCCAACAUUGUGUAUCCUGUUCGCGUGAGCUUGCGACAGUCAUUGUGUGGAUGCUCGGUUACCGUGUCGACGAUAGACGGGAAGACGUGCAACAUGAAGAUCACAGACGUCAUCAAGCCCGGCUUGAGAAAGACUGUUGCUGGGCAGGGUCUCCCUUUCCCCAAAAACCCAGAGCAGAGAGGAGAUCUGGUGGUGGAGUUUGAUGUGAACUUUCCCGACACGUUGCCUGGCAACGCCAAGGACGUCCUGAAACGGCAUUUACCUGCUUAGGGCAAAGGACAUGGAUUGAAUGAGGGGAGAUAACCGCAUGACAGCACUCACCCUCAUUACCAAACACACAAACACACAAACAUACAAACACACAGGGACAGUUCUGACAGCUCACAGAUGGACCCCCUACUGACAAAUGUGCAAUUUCUAUUUUUGAGCUAUCUGUUGUUUUUAUAAAUACUGUGCAUGUUGCCAAGGUGAUACAGGUGAAAGACUGUCUGACUGGGUUGUUGAUAUCUGAAAGUACACAAUUUAUAUAUGUGGGUCUUUUCCACAAUCACUUUAUCUUUUUGUUUGUUGGAAAUAUUUGGCUGUGAAUGAGUCUACACUUACCAGACAGAACGUCCCAGUGACCCUGGAACAGCUGCAGUGCCAAACAGUACAUUUUCCUGCGCUCAUUUAGAUUUGACAGGUUUCAUUACUGACAUUUUGGAUGCUGUUUUAAAAUUUGUGUACAAGUUAAUAAGAGGAAAGUUGAGUGAACUAAUCGGGAUCGUCAUGUGUGCAUUUUAGAAACUUACAUGUUGAGAAUACUGAAGUUGAAUUUUAAAAUAAAUAUUUCCACAUGAACUGAU